UGUGCGCAGGCGCGGGGUGAAGUCGCGGCGGGGCCGGAAGGAGUGCAGCGGCGGCCUCGGCGGCGGCGGCAACGAAGCUGUCGGCGGCCGCUUCUGGUGACUAAAAGCUGUGGCGACAGAAGCCGCCGAGCCCGCUUGGCGAGCCGGCGAGCUGAGUGGCGAAUCCUUUCGAACAGAUACUUACCAUGUUUAAAUAUUAGUAAACACAUACGUGUAUGUCUGCAUUUGAAAAUGGCAGAGGGAAACAAUAAUGAAGAGGUCAUUCAUUUGAACAACUUUCACUGCCACAGGGGACGAGACUGGAUCAAUCUCAGAGAUGGACCCAUCACCAUAUCUGACUCCUCUGAUGAGGAAGGGAUUCCUAUGCUGGUCACCCCAGCUCCUCAGCAACACGAUGAAGAGGACCUGGAUGAUGAUGUCAUCCUGACAGAAACAAAUAAACCUCAGACAUCACGACCCAAUCUCAUCAAACCAGCUGCCCAGUGGCAAGAUCUCAAAAGAUUGGGAGAAGAAAGGCCUAAAAAGUCUAGAGCAGCCUUUGAAUCAGAUAAGAACGGCUAUUUUUCAGUGUGUAACAGCUCAUUGUUUGAUUCUGGGGCACAGGAUGAUUCUGAGGAAGACUACGGUGAAUUUCUGGAUCUUGGGCCUCCUGGAGUUUCUGAAUUCAUUAAGCCAAGCCAAACAGAAAGAGAACCCAAACCUGGACCAAGUCAUAACCAAGCUGCAAAUGACAUUGUCAACCCGAGAUCAGAGCAGAAAAUCAUGAUCUUGGAAGAAAGUAGCCUGCUUUUACCAGAAGGCGAUCCUUUGGACACUCAGAACCAGUCAUCUGAAGAUUCAGAGACAGAGCUUUUAUCAAAUCUUGAAGAAUCGACUGCUAUCCUAGAUGAUCAGGCCAUUGAAGAAGACUGCUGGUUAGACCAUCCUUACUUCCAAUCCCUAAACCAACAGUCCCGUGAGAUAACAAAUCAAGUUGUUCCUCAGGAGCGGCAGCCUGAAGCAGAACUGGGCCCAUUGUUGUAUCAGCAUGAACCCCCAGGGCUGGCUUUUCCAAGGCCAGCUUUUCCAAGGCCAGAACCCCAGCAAGAUGGGAUUCCAGGCCCCUCUUCUCCUCAGCCUGCCCAUCCUCUGGGAGAGCUUGAAGAUCAACAAUUAGCAAUAGAUGAUGAAGAGCCAGGGCCAGCCUUUCCACUACAAGGAUCUCAGGAGCACAAUUUGGAAAACCUUUGGGGGCAAGAAGCUACUGAGGUAGAUCAAGAACUCGUUGCACUUUUAGUGAAAGAAACAGAAGCAAGAUUUCCAGAUGUCGCAAAUGGGUAUAUCGAGGAGAUAAUUCAUUUGAAGAAUUAUUACGAUUUGAAUGUACUUUGUAAUUUUCUUCUGGAAAAUCCAGACUAUCCAAAGAGAGAAGACCGAGUCAUUAUCAACCCCAGUAGCAGCCUGCUUGCCAGCCAGGAUGAGACAAAGUUGCCUAAAAUAGACUUUUUUGACUACUCUAAAUUGGCUCCUCUUGACCAGCGUUGUUUCAUCCAAGCUGCUGACCUCCUGAUGGCCGACUUCAAAAUGCUCAGUAGUCAGGACAUCAAGUGGGCCCUGCAUGAGCUCAAAGGACACUAUGCAAUCACCCGAAAGGCCUUUUCUGAUGCCAUUAAAAAAUGGCAGGAGCUAUCACCAGAAACCAGUGGUAAAAGAAAAAAGAGAAAAGAAAUGAAUCAGUAUUCUUAUAUAGAUUUCAAGUUUGAACAAGGUGACAUAAAAAUAGAAAAGAGGAUGUUCUUUCUGGAAAAUAAGCGGCGACAUUGUAGGUCCUAUGACCGGCGUGCCCUUCUUCCAGCUGUGCAGCAAGAGCAGGAGUUCUAUGAGCAGAAAAUCAAAGAAAUGGCAGAGCAUGAAGACUUUUUGCUUGCCCUGCAGAUGAAUGAAGAACAGUAUCAAAAGGAUGGCCAGCUUAUUGAGUGCCGUUGCUGCUAUGGAGAGUUUCCAUUCGAGGAGCUGACACAGUGUGCAGAUGCUCACUUGUUCUGCAAAGAAUGUCUCAUCAGAUAUGCCCAAGAGGCCGUCUUUGGAUCUGGAAAGUCAGAACUCAGCUGCAUGGAAGGCAGUUGCACGUGUUCGUUCCCAACCAGUGAGCUGGAGAAGGUGCUUCCUCAGACCAUCCUGUAUAAAUACUAUGAACGGAAAGCUGAAGAAGAAGUCACUGCAGCUUACGCUGAUGAGCUUGUCAGAUGCCCCUCUUGCAGCUUUCCUGCUCUGUUGGACAGUGAUGUGAAGAGGUUCAGUUGUCCCAAUCCUCGCUGCAGAAAGGAAACCUGUAGGAAGUGUCAGGGACUCUGGAAAGAACACAAUGGCCUUACCUGUGAAGAGCUGGCUGAGAAAGAUGACAUCAAGUACCGAACCUCCAUAGAAAGCGUGUUCCAGAUCAGAGGCUGCAUACCAAUUGCCAAAGGCUGUAUUUAUUUGCUCUGUGAAGAAAAAAUGACUGCAGCCCGCAUUAGAAAAUGCCACAAGUGUGGGACUGGCCUCAUCAAGUCCGAAGGCUGCAACCGUAUGUCUUGCCGCUGUGGUGCCCAGAUGUGCUACCUCUGUCGAGUGUCUAUCAAUGGAUAUGACCAUUUCUGUCAGCAUCCUCGCUCACCAGGAGCCCCUUGCCAGGAGUGUUCAAGAUGCUCUCUCUGGACCGAUCCUACCGAAGACGAUGAGAAGCUAAUUGAGGAGAUCCAGAAGGAGGCUGAAGAGGAGCAGAAGAGAAAGAAUGGAGAGAACACCUUCAAACGCAUCGGGCCCCCCUUGGAGAAGCCUCCAGAGAAAGUCCAGAGGAUUGAAGCCCUGCCGAGGCCUGUCCCACAGAACCUGCACCAACCACAGAUCCCCCCCUAUGCCUUCGUGCACCCGCCCUUCCCCCUGCCACCUGUCCGGCCCAUGUUCAACAACUUCCCUCUCAACAUGGGCCCCGUCCCAGCCCCCUACGUGCCCCCUCUGCCCAAUGUGCGCGUCAACUACGACUUUGCUCCCGUCCAUAUGCCUCUGGAGCACAACCUGCCUAUGCACUUUGGCCCCCAGCCACGGCAUCGCUUCUGACAGCUUUGCUCCCCGCUGCCUCCCAGGAGCCCCACCGCUGAGCAGCCCAGACUGUGAGGGGCCAGGGGUUCCCUAGAUCCCCACCUCACCCCCCAGGGCCAUGCCUUCUGAGUAGGGAUGAUGCGCUUAGCUCUCAAAAGGAUAGGCUGGGUUUUUUUCCUGCUCCUUCCUGGGAAGGGGCACUGUCCCCUGAAGAGCAGCCAGCAGGCGGGUGCCCUCAGGUACUUAUAAAAGGAUCAGUCUGGCACUGGCUAGGCCAGAGAUACAGGGGACAUUGGGGCCUCCCUAGAGAGUUCUGUCUGAGUGGCAGUGCAGGGACCCUCACCAUGAGGUAGCCCUUCUCUGCUCUACUAAUCCCAUCCCUACAGACAGAUGGGGGAAGUACUUGUGUCCGUCCCUUCCCCCUGGCAGACCCACACAUCUCUCAGUUAACCAUGUAGGCCUUCCUUACCGCAGCACAGUCUGAGGCGUGAUAAAGCUAAAGCAGCAGUUGGAGGGAGUUGGGAGUUUGGAGAGAGCUUAGCCAUCUGAACCAGGUCAUGAAGGCUGGGUUCUUGCCCCACCCCCGCCCCAACACUGCAGCCCAUCCCCCCACCCCUGCCCCAGUGCUGCUGCCCACCCAGAGUGAGAUGCCCCCUGCUGCUCCAAGCCAGUUGAUCCCAGUGAGGUGGUGGCACAGCCAUGUCCCCAGGCCUGGGAGCAUUGCUCAGGGUGGGGAAGCUGCAGAAUCUAUCCCCCAAAUCCAGAACCCCAGGCUGCUGCCACCGUAACUAUUCAGGUCUCUCUUGUCCUUGGCCCACUCAGAUGAGACCACAGAGAGCCAUCUCAUGCUAUCAGUUCUGUUCUGUAGUUUAAAGAAAUAUUUGCUGUUUACUCACUUCGAACUUACUGGGUUUUCUGUGGCCUACUAGAGUUUCUCUCGUUCAGUCUCUGGAAAGUCAAAUCUGUUACCCAUGCCAGGCAGCCGAUGAGAGCGGGAUGGUCCUGAAUCUUGCCAAACAGAAGGUCCUUUCAAGGCGCCAGUGACAGGCUUGGUGGCUCUCCCAGGCAGCCCAAUUGUUGGGAAGCCUUCUUUACCACCAACCAGGUAAUGAGCAGCUUCUCCCCUGAGGUUUGGUGGUAGCUACGGGUUUCCACAGAGGAACAGAGGACCCAGACUAUAACCAGUACCCACCUAUGGAGCCACCCUUGCCCGAGGUCAGGUGAGUCUAGCUCUGGGUCAGCAUGGGGGGAUCCCUGCCCCUUACCACUCAUCUUUUCCUGGGCAGCCCCAGCCCACCAGAGGCUCCAUCCCAUGUUAGCACCCGCUGUGCAGAGCAGAGCCCUCCACAGGAGUGACCCUGCCUGGUUGCCCAGUGUCGGCCGCUCUCACUUGCUAUACCUGAUGGCUGUUCCUAGUGUGUGUACACAGACCUCAAAAGGGUGAGCCUAAUGGCCAAACCCCCCAUCUCAGAGGGCCAUGCCCAGGACCGUGCAUUCUUGUGCAUGGGCACCUGCUGCCAUCAUUCUAAUGGAUUUCAAGGAUUAAAAUGGGGAGAAACCUGCUAAGUUGCCUGCUCUUCCUUCUGCUUUUCCUCCAAGGGAGGGCUUUGCAGAGUUCUCUGGAUUUGGGGGGUGGGACACACAAGGAGGGGCAAUGCCCUGGGAGAGCCCUGGUGGGGGGUGCACUGCGGGGUAUGGUGACAGGACUGAAGUCCUUUUAUAGCUUGGUCCCUGUGCACCCUCCCUUGGGGAGGGUCUCAGAGUGGUGAGCUUUCAGCAGAUGCCCCACCAAAUAGACACACCAGAAUCUCCUGGGCCCCUGCAACCAGAGCACCAGGCUUUGCAGAGUGCUUUGGGCAUCUAAUAGGACAGGCCCCUGGUGGGUGGCAUACCUCUUGACACUGCCAUCCAGCAGGUCCCCUAGAACUUGGCAGGAUUCCCCCCAGCACAAGAGGGAAGAGAUCAGAAUAAUUGGUUUGCCCCCAAGGCUGAACUGAGGACUUUUUCUUUGAGAUGAAUUCUGGAUGUUUCUAGCCAUGCACAGCUGCUAGGGAACUGAGGGCACCCAGUUUCUAAUGUCCCUCCUUGUGCUGGACUGUAGAGCACCUCCCAAGUCUGCAGCAGCACGGUUGCUAUUUGGGUGGAAGUCGUUGCCCUGAGUCCUGACACUAGUAUGAGGUCCCACCUGUCUGCAAAGUGACCCUCUGGGUGCCUGUGUCCCAGAGGACCCCCGGGCUUCUUGAGAAGCCUGCACUAGAGACCACUUGGGAGAGAGGGGACGGUGAUCCCCAAACAAGCCAGCAAGGGGCUGCAAGGUGUGAGGAGAGAAAACCCACAGAGACCAACCAGUGUUGGGGAAGAGGCAGGAAUCCCAGAGGCAGCCUGGCACACCCCCUGGGCCACCGUGUUUGCUUCCCCAAGCCAGAGACUGCCCAGUGACAGUCCUGUUCUACUUGCCUUAAACUGGAGAGAGGAAUCUAGUAUUUGCACUUAGCAAAGGUUUUAAAACUUAAAAAAAAAAAAAAAAAAAAAAAAAAAAGCAUGACUUGUCACUUUGUAUAAAAAUAGCAAAAGUGAUUAUUAAAUUUUUUUCUGUACCUUCUGGUAGUAAAAUACAUCCAAAUAAUUCUGUUUAAACUACUGUGUGUAAAAAGCCUGUAUCAUAUGUAACUUGGACUUUUUGUAAAUAAAUGUUUGUGCACUAUGUU